GUGAUGUGGUUCCCGGCGCUUCUGUACCUGCUUGGUCAACUGGACCUGUCCGCAGGCGGGAGUGACACGACAGAUCCCGAUGCGAUCUUCGCGGUGAACAACGGCACCGCAGCCACUGACACGAUGGUACAGCCUCACUUCGAUAAUUCUACGAAGCGUGAAUACACAGCUGCAGUGGGCCAGCCUGCGUACUUACAUUGCAGAGUGAAAAAUCUUGGAGAUAGAUCGGUGUCCUGGAUACGAAAACGUGAUCUACACAUCCUCACUGUGGGUGUGCACACAUACAGUAGCGACGCGCGAUUCGCCGCACUACACACCGACGGUUCUGAUGAAUGGACGUUGAGAGUAGCGCAUGCGCAACCAAGAGAUUCUGGUGCCUAUGAGUGCCAAGUAUCGACGGAGCCAAAAAUUAGCUUGUCCUUCUGGCUAACUGUUGUAGUUUCAAAGGCCGAGAUCCUGUCGGGACCAGAGCUGUUUGUGCGCGCCGGAUCUGAUAUUAAUUUAACAUGCGUUGCAAGGCACGCACCCGAUCCACCAAGUUCUAUCAACAGCUUUAUAUACUGGUAUCGGGGUGCUAAUGUCGUAAACUACGCUCAACGCGGCGGCAUUAGCGUGGAAACAGAACAGCGCACUCGCACAAGCCGUCUUCUGAUCGCACGAGCGUCACCCAGAGACUCAGGAAAUUAUACAUGCGCCCCAAGUAGUUCUGAUUCUGCGUCCGUGGUUGUACACGUCCUGAACGGCGAACGACCGGCUGCCAUGCAAAGCAACGCUUACCAAACCACGCCAACCAAUAUUCUUAUAUAUUUAAUUAUAAUUAUUCUAAGAAAUCACAGACUUGACAAUAUUAUAGACACUUUUGUUAAAGUGUACACGUUCUUCUUUAAUUUUCGAAUUAAACUUCAAUCCAUUCGACUUAUAUCCAGAUGA